AUGUCAGUCAGAAGACAGCAGCAGGCUGAACAGAAUUUUACUUUACAGAGUUGUAUCUUCGUCCGAUUCUUUUUCUUAUCAUAGUCAGAUAUUUUUUUGUUUUUGGUGUCUUUCUUAAAAUAUUUUUGCUUAAAAUCUUAUCGCAUAGGAAGUUUACAUUGAAUCAAGUUAUAGCUACGGAAUUAUAUAUACGGAAACAGUUCCCAUGGCUCAUUAAGGAUUGAAUUCGCGAAUAAAUCCUUGGAUGUAACUAAUUAAAACAAAACAACAAGGAAGAAAAACUGGAUAGAGUUGAUUCAAUCGUCAAUUUUAUCUAAUCCGACGUGAAUUCUUUAGGAAUGCGAUAUGUUUGAAAGUUAGGGAAUAUUGUAAAGGAAUUGGUUUGAACCCAUUGACUGAUCUGAGAGUGAUUAUUACUUCAAUUACAAUUUAAGGAGAAAAUAUGGAGACCGAUGACGACCUCUCCGGCAAUCUCCUGGACGAGCUGCCGAGUGUGAGCGACGCUAUGCUGGACGGGGCAGUGGGUUACAGCGCCAAUGAUAUUGGUGACAUGACUUUUUGCAUGGGCAACUAUAUUGGCGAUUUUAUGAAGAUGUUGUUCACGAUGCGCUCCCACCAGAUGCUUACCGACGUCGUUCUAGAGGUCGGCAACGAGUUGUUCCACGCGCACAAAGUCGUCCUGGCAGCUGGGAGUCCAUACUUUAAGGCCAUGUUCACAAGCGGCCUAAAAGAGUGCGAAAUGUCCCGAGUUCGGCUCCAAGGCGUGUGCCCCUCGGCCAUGGCGUGGCUGGUCUACUUCAUGUAUACGGGCAAGGUCCGCAUCACGGAGGUCACUGUCUGCCAGCUGCUGCCCGCCGCCACCAUGUUCCAGAUCUCGAAUGUGAUCGAGGCGUGCUGCGCGUUCCUGGAACGACAACUGGACCCCUCCAACGCCAUUGGAAUUGCCAACUUCGCUGAACAACAUGGCUGCGCGGAGCUUAAACAGAAAGCUAACAACUUCAUUGAGAGACAUUUCACACAGGUGUGUCAGGAAGAGGAAUUCUUGCAACUGACAGCGCCGGAACUGAUAAACCUGGUGAGGAAGGACGAGCUCAACGUUGGAGAAGAGAGAGAGGUGUACAACGCUGUCAUCAGUUGGGUGAAAUACGAUGAAGACCGGCGUCACUCGCGCAUGGAACACAUCCUGAAGGCAGUCCGCUGUCAAUACCUGACGCCCAAUUUCCUUAAGGAGCAGAUGAGCACGUGCAGUGUCCUGGAGAAGGCACCCGCUUGCAGGGAAUACUUGGCUAAAAUAUUCAAGGAUCUGACACUACACAAGCGACCUGUCGUGAAGGAGAGGCGGCCGAACACACCCAGAAUCAUAUACGUGGCGGGCGGGUACUUCCGGCACUCCAUCGGGGUGUUCGAGGCGUUCAACCUGGACGACAACUGCUGGUCCACGCUGCCCCCCCUCACCGUACCUAGGUCGGGGCUGGGGGCGGCUUUUGUCAAGGGUCUAUUCUUCGCAGUAGGCGGUCGGAACACGUCCCCAGGGUCAUCGUACGACAGCGACUGGGUAGAUGUAUACAACCCUGCGCUAGAGAUGUGGCGCCCGUGCAGCCCCAUGUCCACCCCCCGGCACAGGGUAGGUGUAGCGGUAAUGGACGGGUUGCUAUAUGCCGUCGGAGGCUCAUCAGGCUCGGAGUAUCAUAAGACUGUAGAAUGUUACGACCCCGAGCGCGACACGUGGACGAUGGUAGCGUCAAUGAAGUCGGCCCGCCUCGGCGUGGGCGUGGCCGUCGUCAACCGGCUACUGUACGCCGUCGGCGGACUAGACGGCGCCAGGAGAACUAACACGGUCGAGUGCUACCAUCCGGAGAAUAACUGUUGGACUGAAGUCACGCCUAUGAAUGUGGCUAGAAGCGGCGCUGGCGUGGCAGCAUUAGGCCAGUACAUCUACGUGGUGGGCGGCUACGACGGGUCCCAGCAGCUGUCGUCGGUGGAGCGCUACGACACGGAGCGCGGCGCGUGGGACUCCGCCCCCGCCAUGCGCGUGGCGCGCUCGGCGCUGUCGCUCGCUGUGUUGGACAACAAGUUGUACAGCAUGGGCGGCUACGACGGCACACAAUUCCUGGACAUCGUGGAGGUGUACGACCCGGCGACUAACUCGUGGUCGGCGGGGACUCCGCUGACGUCCGCGCGCUCCGGACACGCGUCCGCCGUCUGCUACCAACACGUCUCCGUGACUGAUGCGGAACCCGUGGCCGACACCGUCAGAAGGUUUAGCAGAAGGCAUGCCCCGGCCACUCCCGGCCCCUCAGGCGUGGGCAACAACGCCACCGACGCGAACGACAUUCCUAUGGCUAACAACAUCAUCGGCACCCUGUCCAACAAGGGGUUAUAGCACAGGCGUCAACCACGGUGAAGUGGGAUGGGAAUAAUUCAGGGCGACGACUUUGAAAAAAUGGCUACAACAAUAUUUGCGUGACUUUAAAACCUCAAGCCAUGGGUUGUAUAAAAUCAAAAUGUUUCGACGUGAAUAUUGCGUUUUAACUGCGGCUUGUAAUGUGAAGGAAAAACAAGUGUUUAGGCCCGUAGUGAUUAUAUGUACAGGUAUGUGCACGUUCAGAGUUGUAGUAUGUCCUACCUUGUGUAAGUGUUAAAAGUGCCUGUGAUGAAAUAUUGUAUAUUAUACGCUGAAUAUGAAGCAAUGUACUGUGAUUAAAGUGACAAAUUAGAAGGAUCCGAUGUAGAUUUAUGGUGCCUUAUAUAUUUUAAUAACAGUAACUUUUUUCAGUCAUGUAAGUUUUGAGUGUUGUUAAGUUCAUAUUGGGCAAAAGUUUCACUGUAUAUAUAUAUAUUGAACUUAACAACACUCAAAACUUACAUGACUGAAAAUACAAUAUUAAAUAUUAUAUAUAUGUGUGAAUCAUACGCAACGGUGUUUGAUAAGGCCGUUUUCAUAAUUCGCUCACUGCACAGAAACACGCCUAAAGUGUUACACGCAAGGCGUGUUUUCAAGAACCAAUAACAAAUAUUGGCAUUCAUGUCAUGGAGAUCAUAUUGGUUAAAACUCCAGAACAAUGAGAAAUGUUUGUACAAACUUCAAUUGCUUUGUAUAUUGUUUGUAAAUGUAUUUACAUAGUUUUAUUAAUUUAUAUCGUGCCAAAAUUGUGUGAUUAGAUCACUCUUUCUUUGUAAAAAAAAAAUAUUAAUAAUUUAAAAUAAUUAGGCUCCGAAAUUGCUGGCAUCAUAUCAACAAAUAGAAAAGAGCUGACAGUAGCCAAACGACUGAACGCACAUUUUCCAAAGUUAAGAACACACACAAGAACAGAUUAAAUUAUCUUUCAAAUCAAUGAAAAUAGAUCAAAAUCAGUUCAGCCGUUUGUUUGCUACGAUGCCACGGAUAGACAUACAGAUACACUGACACGUAAAAUUAGUUAACGUCACGAUCUUAAAAUUGUAAUAAAUAUAUAUUAAUGUAACUUAAAUAUCCCGAUUCUUUAUACGUAAAAAGUUUGGAUCUCUUCCAUACAACUCAAAAACGGAUAGCGUAAUGUCUUUGUUUCUGUUAUGAAUAUUUUAAGUGUUUUUCCGUUGUUUCCUAUACAAAGUAAGUUCGAGACUUUUUUUUAUGAAAUACUAAUUCAACGAUACUAUAUUAUAUAACAAAUACAUAUAUAUAAAUAAACAUCCAAGACUCGGGCCAAUUAGAAAAAGAUCAUUUUGCAUCACGACCCGACCGAGGAUCGAACCCGGGACCUCUCGGUGCAGAGCAAGCACUUUACCACUGCGCCGCCACCGGGGUCGUCAUAUAUUGCUUGCUGUAACUGUUACUGUAUAAUUGUUGCUGUUUUAUUACAUUUAAAAAUAUAUAUUUCAUUGACAUUGUGUUAUAAUGUAUCUACUGCAUUAAAUAUACAAUUUUUUUUACCGUUAUUAUACCGGUAUUAUUCAUAAAAAAGAUAUAAUUUAAACUGAAGUAUGUUUUGUCACUAUCCCACUUAUCGUAAAGUGCCAUUGACAAAAUGAGACAAGACAAUACUUUAGCUUUUUAUGAAUAAAAGCUAGAUUCAAAAUGCUAACUCUGUCGAAGGACUAUUUUUAUUGUAAUUUGAUGGCUUUUAUAUAAAGCUGUUUUGGAUUGUUAAAUAUAAUAUACAGUACAGCUUGUCCAUACAAAGGUGACAAAAAAUGAGGGCGCUAAAUUCUCCGUAGCUGUCACAUUUUUGACGUAAAAUACUGAAUUAUGAUUUUUUUUUGUUCCACUUUAAUUAAUUUCUACUCUUUAUGGUCAAGCUGUAUAUUGAUAGUCAUUCUUACUUAAUCAGAUAUAAUUAUGUUUAUAAGUUUGUGGUUUAAUUAUAGAAAAUAGCUGCUGGUUCAGCUGUGAUAUUAAAAUAUUACUUUUAAUGUGUCUUAUUUAUUCUGCAGAUGUGUAUUGUUCCGUCCUGUAGGCCAAGCAAAUAUAUUAGUUAUCGUUGUAGCGUCAAUAAAAACCAGCCUUAAGUUUACAACAAUAAGAUUCAUUUUCAAGUGAUAUGCCGCCAGGCUCUCCUUUUCCUGGCGGAAUCGUACCACUGAAAAAUAUAUCUUAUUGUAGUAUACGGGUGUAGCAGGUUUUUAUGUGCGCUUUUGGUAUUCGUAGUAAAUAUACUCUAACGAUAGCAAUAAUAUUCGUGUUUGACCUUCUGAUGUCAUAUCAUAGGACCCAUAAUGACCAAAUUUUAUAGCAGUCUAGUGUUGGUCGAUUGACCUUAGCCAGAAGUUCCAUAUAUGUGUGAUAACAUAGACAUUCCUAUAUUUUUGUUAUUAGUCUGGUAUUUCAUUAGUAGAAAGGAACAAAGAAUGUGAAAUAUAAAAGAACUAUGGGAUUUGUGUAAAACAAAAUGGUUGUUAUCCUGUUUCAAAUAAGGCGUAAACUCCACCUAGAAUAUUUUAAUAAUAAUCGUAAUAAAAUAUGUUUUUAUACGAUCAAAUAUGUACGUAUUUUUCUUUACUACAUACAUUUUGUUUUCAUUGUAUGACGGUCUUUUAUUUAUAGCAAAAGUUUACACUUUAUAAUUCUGACUCUAUUGCGCCCUAUUGAUGCACGAAUGUACCCCGAAUAAAUUAACUCCUACUUGGCGCAGUCGUGAAGUGUUCAAGAGCAAUGUAUGCAAUUAAAAGUUAAGUAAAUUAUGUUUAAUAGUUGUAAGGAAAAUAAAGACUGUUCUGGGAAUA